AUGGCCAAAGCGGAACGGCGUCGUGCGCCGAAGCGCAGCAAGCAUGCAGAGGAGGAGGGGGAGCAGCCUCCGUUUGAGGAGGAAAUGCAGCAGGAUCCAGAGUGGGUGCAUAUGAAUGAUGCCAACACGCCGUUCGGUCUUGUCGCGCCGGAAAUGCAGGCGUAUUUCAAGGAGGUGAACGGCACGUUGACCAAUCUCCUGCACAGCGAGGACCCGGACGCGGGUGCGGAGGAGGCCGAGAUGCUGCUCCAGGCCGCGCUGACAGAGAUGGAUGGCCACGAGCUCGUGCUUGCCACCGAUCCAACUUGCUCGCUCGUGCUGGAAAACAUGGCCGGGAUCAUGAAGGAAAAGGCACUGCGCGUCUUUUUCGACCGCAUGUCGGGCAGCUACCGCGUGAUUGCGUCGCACAGGUACGGCUCGCAUGUCUUGCAGUCGAUGCUCGCCGCCGCGCAGCGCAUGCUCAAUACCAGCGACCCAGCCGACAACGCGGUCGACGCCGACCACGGCGUCCUCCGCUCGCUCCCGCAGCUGAUCGAGGCGAUGUUUUUCGAGCUGGAGCCGGAGCUUGAGUCGAUGCUCACGGAAGCAUUCGCGAGCCACGUGCUCCGCAGUAUUGUUGCCCUCCUUGCCGGCGUCCCGAUCGCCUCGUUCGACGACAUGCGUUCCAAGCGCAGCUCCAAGUACCGCUCCAAGGAGCGCCAGCGCGCCAUGGUCGACACGACCUCGGACCUCACCGAGACGGGACCGCUUUGUGUUCCGUACGCUUUUCUCCGUUUGGUGUACCAGCUGUACGAGGAUUUGCACGGGGCUUUGUCUACGACGCAACUCUAUACGCUCAUCCCCAAUGCGGUUGCUGCGCCGUCGAUCAGCGUCCUGCUCAAGCUCGAGAGCGGGCUCCGGGACGGCAAACGCAGCAUGGCCGAGCGCAGCGACUCGCUCACGUCGCGCGUGCUCGGUGACCUCUCGGAGGGCACCAAGGAGCGCAGCGACGUGAUGGAAUCGGCGCUGCGUGACGCCGUGGCGACCCACGUCCUGCAAAGUGCCCUGCAAGGCGCCUCGGCAACGACGCUCGACCACUUUUGGGAGGUGUACGUCCGCGGGCGCCUCGCCAAGCUCGGUGGUCACCCGUGCGCCAACUUUGUCGUCUCGACGCUGCUGCGUCUCUUGCCAGUGAACGGCGCGCCAUUUGCGGAGGCGCUUGCCGAGCUGGACCAGGCCGGCGACCACCUCGUCAAGAACCAGGUGCUCGGUGUGCUCCAAGCCGCGAUUGAGCGCUGUGCCCAGGCGCACAAGAAGGAGCAAGAGGUCCUCGAUGCCGUUCUCUCUGCAUUCCGCUUCCCCGCAGACGGCGACGCGACGCUCUUUGUGCCUGUGCUACUGAGCAUGCGCACCUUUAAGGCCUAUUCGCACACGGUCGGCGACGAUGCAAAGGGUGCGAAGCGCAAGCGCGAAGAGAGCGAGCCGUACACGACCCAAGGCAGCAUCCUGCUCCAGCGCCUCGCGCAGCUCCAUGCACCACACCAGGACCGCCUGUACAAGAGCCUGAGCGAGAAUGCGGCGCUGGCCGAGUGGUGCUGCUCGUCGACGGCCGUGCACGUCAUUCUCGCGGCGCUUGCUGCGCCUACGGCGACCUAUGCCCAGCGCCGCACGCUGCUCAAAUCGCUGAUGCCUUUGCUCGUCGACCUCUGCGACGACGCGUGGGGCAGCCGCGUGGCCGACGCAGUGUGGAACGCCGCGGACGGAUUCACCAAGGAAAAGAUUGCGCAGCUGAUGCUUUCGCACGAAAAGCGUCUACUUGCUUCGCCCUACGGGCGCUUCUUUGUUCGCCGCCUCCGCCUCGGCAUCUAUCGCAAGAGCCUCGGCGAGUGGAAGGAGUGGGCCAAGGCGCAGACGGCGCCGGCGCCGCCCGCACCGCCCGCAGAGCCCGUGAAUCCGUUUGGAUUCCUGCGUACGCGCAAACUCGAUAAACAUGCCAAGCGGGGAUCGGCGCACGCCGACCAGCAGCUGGCCGAUAUCCUCUCUGCCAUUCCCUAG